UUCCCUUCAUUCAUAUCGUUUCUAUUCACCUUUCCUACUCCCAACUUCUCUCUGAUUUCCACCAUUUAGGGUCAUUCAAGUGAACCACACACUUUUCUUCUCAUAACUGGGGCUUUCCCGUCGGGUGCUACAUGCAAAUAAGAUAAAGCAUUUUGUUUUUCGUUUGUUGUUAGUCAGUUGCAAGAUGGGUGAGAACGCUGCCACCAAGAACCUUAACGACCACCAAGUCUUUGACGUCUCCAUCGGCAUCCCUUCUCAGGGUGGCUCAGAAUGUUUCGAUGACGAUGGCCGUAUCAAACGAGCCGGAACUCUAUGGACUGCCAGUGCACACAUAAUAACAGCUGUGAUUGGAUCUGGGGUUCUUUCUUUAGCAUGGGCUAUAGCUCAACUAGGGUGGAUUGCUGGUCCUGCUGUAAUGUUCUUGUUUUCCUUAGUCACUUACUAUACUUCUUCUCUCCUCACCAACUGUUACCGGACUGGUGACCCUGUCUCGGGCAAGCGGAACUAUACUUACAUGGAUGCUGUUCGGUCCAUUCUUGGUGGAUACAAGGUGAAGGCAUGCGGGUUAAUUCAGUAUCUAAAUCUUUGCGGCAUUUCCAUUGGAUACACCAUUGCAGCAUCAAUAAGUAUGAUGUGAGUAAUAAUUCCCACCCCAAAAAUUUGGAAAAAGAAAAUGUUUCUUAAGUAAAAUCUAAGUUAUUCUGGUUUUAAGUAGGAGUGUGUGGCAGUCGGUUGGGACCGCCCAACCGACCACCACCGUCGGUUAUUGUAACCGACGGUUGUUUUUUUAAUCGAUCGGUUGCUCCGAUCUGUCUCGUCGGUUAAU